AUGCGAGAAACGAUGGUCCCUGUACUCCUCAUGCUAUGCAUCUUCUUUCCAGCAAUGGUCAUGCCGGAUGGAGCCUCUUCUAGACCCUCUGUGUCAUUACCAGGUUGUCCUGACAAGUGCGGUGACAUUUCCAUCCCCUACCCCUUUGGCAUUGGCGAGCAAUGUGCCGCGACCAGCUUAAACAGCUACUUUAUCGUCACCUGCAAUGACACCUUCAAUCCACCACGGCCAACAGUCGGGGACCAUAGCGCAGUGGUCGAGGUCACUGAUAUCUUACUGGAGCGUGGAGAGAUGCGUGUGCUCGGCCCCAUCAACCACAUCUGCUUCACGUCAAACACCACAUCUACCCAGCUGGGCGGUGGGUAUGAUGUGCAUCGCACGCCCUUCCUCCCAUCCCCAUCGCGCAACCACUUCAUGGUCAUUGGCUGCAACACCCUUGGGCUCAUCGGUGGGAACAAAGACGCCAAGAGCCAGUACCUUGCUGGGUGCUACUCCUACUGUGAGGGCAUCAACAGCACGUCCGACGGUGCCCCCUGCGCGGGGAUGGGCUGCUGUGAGGCUACUAUCCCUGCAAAUCUCAAUUCCUUUGAGGUGGCAUUCGGGAUGAACCAAAGCAAGGUUUGGAGCUUCAACCCAUGCUUCUACGCCAUGAUUGCUGAGACUGGGUGGUACAGUUUCAGGCAGCAAGACCUCAUUGGCCAUCUUGGAUUCAUCGACGCUAGAGCCAAGAGGGGCGCCCCAGUCAUCGCUGACUGGGCCAUCAGGAACAGCUCGUGCCCAGAGGAGGGAAAAGAGCCACCUAGUGGUUACGCCUGCAUCAGUGCAAACAGCUACUGCAUGAAUGCAAAUAAUGGCCCAGGCCAUCUAUGUCAAUGCUCCAAAGGAUAUGAGGGCAAUCCUUACAUUCUGAAUGGCUGCCAAGACAUAGAUGAGUGCAAGCUGCGUAAGCAGGACGUUAGGUACAAAAAGCUAUAUCCAUGCGAAAAUGGGCGCUGUCGCAAUACACAAGGAGGCUAUAUAUGCAAGUGCAGGAUAGGAACAAGAUCAGAUGGUACAAAUUCUGGGUGCCGACCUGUGCUUAGCAAAGCUGAACAGGUGGUCAUAGGUCUUAGUGCUUCUGCAGUUCUAGUCAUAUCUUUGACAUGCUUAUUGGUUAUGAAAUUACAACAAAGUAAGCAUAGGAAGGAGAAGGAUGAAUAUUUCAAACAAAAUGGGGGUCUAAGAUUAUAUGAUGAGAUGAGAUCAAGGCAAGUUGAUACCGUUCUCAUACUCUCAGAGAACGAGAUAAAGAAAGCCACAGACAACUUCAGUGAAGAUAAUGUUCUUGGAUGUGGUGGUCAUGGAAUGGUCUACAGAGGAACUUUAGAUGAUAACAAAGAAGUUGCCAUAAAGAAGUCCAAACUAAAGGAUGAUGACAGCAGAGAAGAAUUUGUGAAUGAGAUAAUAAUCUUAUCACAAAUUAACCAUAGGAACAUUGUAAGGCCACUAGGAUGCUGCUUGGAGGUAGAUGUGCCAAUGUUGGUGUACAAGUACAUUUCCAACGGUACCCUCUUUGAAUUCCUUCAUGUUAAUGAAAGCAGAUCACCAAUCCCUUUGGAUCUUAGAUUGAAGAUUGCUACACAAUCAGCCGAAGCUCUUGCCUACAUUCAUUCAUCAACUUCUCGCACAAUUCUGCAUGGAGAUGUCAAAUCCCUUAAUAUACUCUUGGAUGAAGAAUACAAUGCAAAAGUGUCAGAUUUUGGAGCAUCAGCACUGAAGUCCAUGGACAAAAAUGAUUUCAUUAUGCUUAUCCAAGGAACUCUUGGUUAUAUUGACCCUGAGAGUUUUGUCAGUCACCGUCUAAGUGACAAAAGUGAUGUAUACAACUUUGGGGUUGUUCUUUUAGAGUUAAUGACAAGAAAGAAGGUUGUAUACAUCGAUACCUCUAAUGAAAAGAGAGCACUAUCCCAUACUUUCAUACAGAUGUUCCACCAGAACGAGCUCUGGGAUAUUUUGGAUAGUGAAAUAGCACAUGAUGAAAUAAUGAUAGUACUUCAGAAACUAGCUUGCCAGGUGCGUCUGAGAAGAAGAGGCAAAGCGGGGCGCAAAGGGGAGCAGAAGAGACGGAGGUGCGUGCGAGCGAGGCGGAUGUACGGGAAGGUGGCGGGGAGGGGAAACUGGGUGCGGGGUUGGAUGUUUAUGGAGAGGCUCCGCCAGGUGCCACCGCCGCCGGCUUGCCGAAGCCUCCUGCCGGCCGACGACAGCUCUCGUCCCUCGAGCCGGCGAUGUCCACCAGCUGGCCGGCCCGUCCAGUCACGGGCGGACGGCACAGCCCAUGAGAGAACUGUCUUUCGGCGUCUUCAUACGGCCCAUCAUGAGUAA